GGGGCGCAGCGCAGCGCAGCGCGGGGGCUGCGGGCUCCGCCGGUCAUUCCGCGCCGCAGCCGAGCAGGGAGAGCCGCCGCGCGGGCAGCACGAAGUGGGAACCAAGAAUCUGAAUCUGUAAUGAGGUUGCAGCCUUCGUGCAGUCUGAGGUGUGUAAGGCACAUCACCAGAAAGGGUGAACCCAUGUUUCAGGAAGAGGUCAUCGGUGACCAUGGGAAAGGCGAAGGGAAAUGUCACGUUAUGGGGCUGUGCCAGCACAUUCUUCUUACUGGGCAGCGCUGGGGCAGCAACAUCAACCUCUGCCUCUGCUGCUGUGUCAGGCUGAGUUUUUGGGAAAUCGGGUAAGAAUGGGGUAGUCUGAUUGCGUUAGCUGCCAGAUAGUGAAAGCAGCAACCAAAAUCUUCUUUAAAUAUGAAGUGACUCUGAAGUGAGUGCUGAAAAGUGAAGAUUGUUAACAAGAGGAGACGAAUGGAGUUCAGGAGUUACUGGUUUUUGCACGAGGAAUUCUAGAAUAUUCUUCAAGGGUAGGACACAUAGUUAUAUUAGAAACUCAGAAUGCAAACAGGUGAUGGAAGCGAUAUGUAAGACGCUGUCUGGUGGGUAGAGCUUAUGAGGCUUUAACAUCUGUACUCAAUUAUUUAGCUCCUCUGGACUUUUUUUUUUUUUUUUUUGCUGCAGUACACAUUUCUCACUCUGAACUAAUAGUACAUAAUAAUAAAACCUUGGGCGUUUGCCAGCGUAAACAGGGCUCUAGCUAUCUUCUGGAGUGUUGGUGGAAGUAGAGAGGCAAUGCAGCUGUUGGGUUGGGUACAUGCCAGCUGGGGAUCUAUUUCCCAGACAAAAAAAAUCUCAAAUCAGAGUGAAGUAACAAUCAGAUAUUUUGCAUGUCAUUGCUUCGUGCUGCUUUUUCUUCAGCAUUGGUGGCUGCUCUGUGUUGUGAAUCGGGGUUUGUAGGCAGGGAUGGUGCUUUGCGUGUGGUAACGACUUGAAAGCGAAUGAUUGCAGAAGAAAUACAAUGUUUUUGCUUUUGAUAUUUCCUGAGUACUUCAGGGGAUGGGGGUUAGUGUGAGAGUACUGUGUAGCAUAGCAUUGUUUCCCUGUGAGGUCAGCAGGAGGGACCACAAAGCUCUCCAGCACUACGAUGAUGUUAUUUUUUUCUGUUGUUGCCCAGCGUUUUCCAUCCCCUGGGUGCACAAAGCCAGCACAGCCUCGGUGUGCGCAUGACGUGGUGCUUGCAUUGCCAGAAGCCUUUAUAACAAAGCCCCAAUAACAAUGAUUAGACAUCUUGAAACUGCAGAAUGUCGCUGUUGUGCUGUGUGUUCCUGCUCUCCUUUGGGCAUUCGGAGCUCUGCAGUGGCCCCAAGAGGAGUACCCCUGGCUCCAGGCACCUGUCAGAGCCCAGCUUCUGGUCUGCUGCUUUUUACAGUUAUUUAUUACACUCUCCUUGCACUGGUUGUAAGUAGUGGUACUGCCUUGAGGUUUUGGGGAAGUGUGUAGUAGUUCUAUCAAAGCAGCAGACACAGUGUGGGUGUUACAGGACUGCCAGCCCUUUGCACAGGGUGCCUGGUGCACAAGCGUGCAAGGCAGAGCUCUGUCAGCCACCUGUCACCAGCAACCUGGAAGGAGUCAUCGCUGAAUCAUAGAAAAUGAUAAAUGUCUCUGUCUGAUAUGAAACAACAUAUGGGGACCGGCUCUGCCCUCCUCAAAAAGGCAAACAGAACAAAAACCCUUAUCCGAAGCUGAAACAUCAAAGAACCAAAAUAACGACCUAAGCUAUUUAAGAUAUAACUUUUCUGGGCCAUUACUCCACAUCCAUCUUAUUUCCCAGGGUUUUAAAUUCUGGCCUGCAUGCUUUUUCCUCCCAGGAUACAUCUCAAAUUGUUUGGUCACAAAUGCCCCGAAUAACAAAUUGACUUAAUUUAGAUGGCAUUAAAGCUCUUUAACCCAUUUCAAAGGGCAGGGAUGCACUGGAGACCUCCAGGCAUGCAUUUCAAUUAAGGCGGUAAGGAUAUAUAUUUCUUUUCCUUGCCUGAAAACGCCUGACAAUUUUAUCUGUGCAUCAGAUGAAAGUUGAGGGGGAAAGGUUUCUGUUAGUCUUGUUGGGAGUUGGCCAGAAAAAUGUGAAGAAUGUAGAAAGGAAUUAACAGCUGGUGUCCAUUUAAAACUUCAGAGAGGGCAAAGAGGCAGAACGCUUGGCUUUACCUGCUGUCUUCCUCUGGUUUGUGCCCGCGUGCUCCUUGAAGGUCAGUCGAGAAGUGAAGUGCGCUGUGUGCAUCUGGAGGCCUUAAUUCUUCUGCCCAGGGGUGAAAGAGGGAGUGAGGUGCUUUGCUUCCCCCCUUUGGGAACCAGCACUUUGAGCUACAUGUGGUUAACUCCAAUGACAAAUGUUGUUGGCCUGGGAGGAAACAGUACCUUCCACUAUGUAACCUGUUGCUUGACUUGGGGGGCUACUGCCAUUUUUCCCUUCUACCGGAGAAGGAUCAUUCAGCAAAUAGCUUUCAGCGGUGUUUCUGCUUUUGCACAGACAAAAUGCAAAGAGGACCUUGACUCAAAAGGGAUAUGACUGCAGAGCUUUGAAAUGGAGUCCUGUGCUCAGUGCUGCAACAGCUGCGGGUGCUGGGCUGUGCUGGCUGGGCUUUGUGCACAACAGCAUGCUGCCUCUGGUGUGGAGACACAGUCGGCCUGGCCUGCUCUCUCUGCGGCUCAACCCAAGGGCUCCUGUCUUCCCAGCACCAUGCUGCAGAAAACUGUUUUUCCAAACAAUGCUUUGGUGUUUAAAGAAGUGUUGGCAUGCUGGAAGCUACACUGAGUGCUGUCUGUUGUAAUCUCACCCAAAUAAAAAUUGUCCCAUUUCCUCAGUGGUUCUGGAUUUACUUUCACUAGAGAACGAGAAGCUGGGACCCACGUGGUCCCUGUAAACAGGCUCCAGUAUGGUGCUGGCCCUGGCCAGUGGGAGGCAAAGAUUUCUGUGACCUUGGCUGUGACUUGGGUUUCAACAUCUGAACAAAAUGCUCCUGCUGGAGCUGCCUUUGAGCCUCCUCUGCGACCACCAUGCUGCCUGAAACUGGAUUCUUUACUAGGCCAGUCCUUCAUCCAGACCCUGGGGUGAUGAACAAAGCUUCAUCUCUGGUUAAAGCAGAGCCAGCAGAACUAGGGAGGUGUCGGAAGUGGGAUCAAGUGCCAUGAGGUGGCCAGGCAGAAGUCACCAUGGGACAGCACCAGCUGCACCAUGGUGAUGCCAAGUCUCCUCUCAAUAAGAGACUCGGGGUAUUGGACUUGGGGUUGUCCCUCCGUGAGUUGCUCCUGGAGCUUAGCGUGCUGCUGAAACCAGCUGUUGUUCCAACUUCAUUGCCUGCUGUUGCCCUAUGAAAAACAUUAGCAAAUCUUUCCUGUCCCAGAAUCUGAUUUUUGUUGUUGCUAUUUGUUUAUUUGGUUUCUGCUAAUUCAAAACCUGCUCACUGUGGAGCAGGUUAUUUCUUCCAGGCUGGCCCUUUAAAUUGCUUCCAUGCUCUGCCUGUCCGGCUGUGAAAUAUCUCAAAUAAACAAAGUCCAGAACAAAAGCCUACGCAACAAAACAUCCUCUUCUCCCUAGGCGUCUCCCUGGGUGUGGUUUCCCAGUGCUGCUCUGCAGUUGAGAGACAGAGCCAGAAGAGCUCCAUCUCAUUCUUCCUGUCCUGGAAGCUUUCAGCAGCAGUCCCUUGCCCAGCCUCUCCUAGGAAGCAGGAGGCAGCUUGGAUUUCUCCCCCUUGGCUGAGAGCGAUGGAACCUUUACCUGCCCUAAGAUAAAUGGCUCCAACCCAGGGGGUAUGUCUAGGUAUACAGCAGCAUAUCCUGAGGUUGCUGCCCAUUUUUGUGUCCUUCCCUUUGUGUGUUUGGCUUCCUGUGGCUCAGGUGGGUGUCAAAUCCUCCCCGGGGGAUGCAAGCAGGCAGCGAUCCCAGGAUUCCUAUACAUCUAUGGGCUGAACAUACAAUGCUUGUGCUGGGCUGUGCGUUAUGCCCUACUGCUCCCUGGACAUACAUCCAAAUCUACAGCACCAUAAUCUGGUACUAAUUUUUGUUUUUUCUCCAGUUUAAUGGAAUCAUUGUACCCCAUCAUACUCUCAUUUUAUUCUUGUUCCUGAGACAUGUCUCAGUGCUUAAAGAGCUAUUUUGAUCAUAAAACAGUUUUUUGCUGUCCCCCUUUUUUGUUCUAUGCAUCUUAGCUACAGAAUGUUCCAGUAGCUGGGCAGCAGCACUGGAAAAUCACAUUUUACCUUCUCUCUACAGGCACUCCUUGGUCUGCGCUCCUGACCUACAGUCCCCAAGUCAGCUAUGCACAUUUAUUAACUGUCAAAGAAGUUGGAAGAUAUAUCAGUAACAGAGUUAGGAUGGGUGGGGUGGAGAACUGGAGAGGAAGAAUAGAAGUGCGAGAGAGACAGCAGUUGGCAGGCUGAAUCCUCAGGGCUGUUUACUUGGCAGCCCUCCCCCUGUAAGGAGGUCAGAGCCAUCUCAGGUUGCAGAAAGAGGAAUUUGCUCAUGGAUGUCAUCGCGCUGAUUAUUGCAGCCAGCUUCUGAUUAGCUCUUGCGUUCACACAUUCCAAAGGUAGGCUUAGUUGUCCUCUUAUUGCAGACCUCUUAUUAGCAAUGAAUGCAAUUCCUAGGCAUUGCUUCUACAUCAGACCCUCUUGGUAGGAGCAAGAGUUGAGGCAGACACUUCCAAUUCUAGCUUUAUGUUUUGGACACAUUGCACAACAUCUCCAGUCCUUCUUCCCUGCCCAGAAACUUGACUGUUGCUUUCUUCAGUUGAGUUAAUAUAACAGAUACAAAGUUGUAACUGCUGGGCACAUAUUCAGUCAUCAUUAGUUGAAUGAUCAAGUGACUUGGCUUUAUGUUUUUCCCUAAGACUAUUAGAUUGCAGGCUAAACUUUAGAUUGCAGGCUAGCCAGACCCUUGAGCCACGCUGUUGCCAUGAUGCUGGUCAGCAGCCUGGGUGGCUGGAUACCACCUGGCACUGCCACUUUGCUGGAACACUGGGUCUGGAGAGCUGUCAAAACAAACAGUGAUGUAGCUGAGGGCAUUCAGGUUGUCUGGGGCUGCCUGCCAAGUUAGGGUCAUGGCUGGGGUCAAAAUGUGAAGGUUUAUCCACUGUUCUCCAUUCACAGAUGGUGAUGCCUUCAUCCAAAGAAGAACCACCAGUCUGACAGGCUUCAGGAAGUGAGAGUGUCAUCUUUCGUGUGUGGGCUUUUUUAUUUUUAUUUUUUUCUGACACAGAAGUGUCUUCCAAAGGUCAGGGCUCUGUUUCUUGUAAGCUCUGAGUCAUGAGAGGGUAGAGACCAGAAGAUGGGAGACUCCUUUCUGAGGGCAGCAGUUUUUUCAGUGGAACUCUAGUCUGGACAAACAUUUGAAAAUACUAAACAGAACUCUGUUCAGUUUCAGUGAACAAAAAGGUAAAUAUCACAGUAGCCAAUUGCCCUAUAUAUUUACAUUCUUUUGACGAAGGUCAACCCACAGAUAGCUCUAGAGCAUACUAAAUAUUGUCCUUUAAAGCCUAUGACUUUGCAGCUUAGUGAGUAGAAGGAAGUUUCUUUGGAAGCUUCUUAACAGUGUUGCAACGUUAGCUUUCAUUUCUGCCAAAUGGUGAGGCAAGAUGUUCUGGGCUCCCUUCACCAGAUUAAAGAUCCAGCAGGAUCGUGCACAAAUAUUUUCCAUUGAGUUCUUCAGAGGUGUUUGAAAAAUGCAUCUUUGCUCUGCUUCGUGAUGAGGAUGGGGGUCCUUCAUGAUGAUGAGGAUGGAGAAGGGGCAAAUGCAGUGGCCUUUAACAAAAUCACGAGACUGUUCAAAAUCUGAAUGCUCCUUUGAAAUAAGGUCCCAUCUCUGUGCCCUGUCUCUGUAGGGAUCCGUUCAUUAAUAUAAAGACAACAGAUUUCAGAGUAUAUUUUUUGCUUUCGUGCCCCAUCCGUUGUCGCUGUGAAACAACUGAAUUAUGCUUAAGCUGAAGUGGGUAUCAGAAUAAACAUUAUCUGGGCAGCUGGAGUCUACAUAGUAAAUGGCUUUCUUUACUUUCCAGAAUGGACUGAGCUGAGCUGGAGCCUUUCUGACUUCAGCCUCCAUUGAUUUCGUCUAGUUGACUGCAUUCUCCUUACAAACACGAGUAUGGUAUAUAUAAUGAAUGUGUCAUUAAUCCAGGCUGCUCCCUUUAACGCUGUUAACUGACUGCCAUCAGUAGGCUUAACUAUGUGAGCUGUACCAGUGGUAGCGGCUGACCUGCUGACAAUCAUGUGGGCAUGCCAGCUGGGAGUUACCAGUAACCCCACAGGUCAGUGCCCACAGGUGCACAAACACAUGCUGCUUGUGCUGUACAGCCUUCACAACUCCAGGGACACCAUUCCAGUCACCGUACAGAAUACAGUCCCUAUUUCUAUUUGUUGUUCAUUUCUCAGUUUCAAAGGGAUCAGCUGUAUCUGCUUUUGGACUAUCAACGACCAGAACAAGUGUGCAAAGUUAGGCUAACAGAUUCAGCAGAUUUGUUUAAAAUGUGUAAGCUUGGCUUUUAUUUCAUAUUUUCAUUGAGCCUAGGUUUUUUAAAAGGUACCUUCUGAGCAUAUGGUAUCUGGCCAGCUUAUCUUACACUGCAAUACACUAUUUUCUCAAAACAGAAGUGAGAAGCUACUGCCUGGGAUAGCCAAGAUGACCAACAACAAUAGGUGCAGGAGUGGAGCAGGGAGAAACUGUGGUGUAGAAUUGGUAAGCUGAUCCCCCAGGAUUUUUUUCCAGCUAAGUCAUUUGCAUGGAAGAAGGGUGCUCCGGAUAGCUGAUAACAGGCUGCCUUUAGCUAGCUUAAGAAACACUCUAAAGAAGAUGCUGAAAGUGAUUUUUAAAGAGGCAGGUGUUGGUUUAGGACUGCACAGAUUGAAAUCUGGGGAUUUCUUUUUUGACUUCAUUAUGAGCAGACAGCAGGAUGGCAGUUUUAGAAAGUGUCCCGUUGAUAUUUCGUGAGUCAGUUUUGGAUGUCAAGUCGCGUUUCUUUUGGCCACAUUGUGUGUUAAAUUGGUUUCUCAGAUGGAGUGAUGGUGUGUGUAACCCAUGGGCAUCGCCUGAGCAGCCACAGGCUAGCCUUAGCUAAAUUACAUACCCUCUUAGAGAAUGACUCACUGGCAUUUGGUUAUGGCUUGAUUCGUAGUGGCAGUGUUCAAAGAAAACAGUAUGUCCAUGAAGUAAGAGGUGGAGCACACUGUGUUUGCUUGAAAACUGAAUAAGGAUGUUGUAUUCCUUAAGACUUGGACUAGCGUUCAUGUUAUAUGGAGUUUUAUUUACACAGUCCUGAUACGAGUUAUGUACCUCCAUGUGCAACUCGAUGCAAACCACCGUCCUGUGUGUGUAUCUCUGUACAUUUUCCUUUCUGCAGAGGUGGAAGAUGGCUGGCUACAAGUGUGCCGGUUAUCAGAGCCUUCCCUGCUGCCUGCCCCCAGCAGCCUGACAAGCUGCUCUACUUCUGCAUUCCUCAGGUGAUGAGGGGAAGAGGAAGGGCAGGGAUUUGGUGCUUACCCCACCCUUAAGUGCUAUGUGUGGCAAUGCUCUGUAUGGCCUGAUUUUGCACUCCUCUUUACUAACUGCUUUCAAAAAACCUCGCUCUCUACCUGUAAGGCCUCAGUUUUCUGUUUGGGGACAAUUAAUAUCAAUUAGAAUAUUCUGGAGUCUUCAGGAAAAACUGCUGAAAUCCAGGUUUGCUGGGUAGUGGAUGAGGAACUGGAUGAAGUUGUGUAGCCUAGAAUGUGGAGAGAAUCAGACUGGAAAAUUGCAGUGGUUCAUGCCUGAAUUGAAAGUUUUCAAAUACACAUUUGGUUUUGGUCUAUCAAAUAAGUUUUGUUCUAUGCUGGGUUGUGAGUGCUGCAUUUCCUGAAGCAUUUGACAUCUCUGUUCUGUGUGCUAUACGUAUGGGUCACAGGUGCCUCUGAAAACACCAGGGCUUCUGGUACACAGUGAGCUGUAUUUUUGUUUACAGGAGCAGUGUGAACACUUCUUGAAGUUGUUUUGGUGCUUAAGUGAUGAGUCCCAUUCUCCCAGCUAGAAUGUUGCAUCCUGGGGACUUCAGAAGAAAACUGAGAGCUUGCAAAACUCCGAGCUCCCGUCUGCUGGCUUUCAGAUGACGGGUUAUUUGAGAUGUGGGAAGUAGACCUUGCAGCGUGAAGGACAGGCUGCAUGAUUUUAAUGACCUUUUCCCACUUUUCCAACCUGCAUUGGCAGCAGAGUCUUCAUUCUUGCUUUGUUUGUGCAUUCCUGAAGUGUCUGUGCCCUACACACUGAUUGUGGCAUUUGACUCCCCAGUAGCACAGCCUGUCCACCCUUUUCCUGUGACCUUUCAAGGGACUUUCAGCUCUCAUCCCCCGCAUCCCAGAGCACGCAGGGCCAGAGGAGUCUGCACCAGUGAGAGGGUUGACUCAUAGCAAACAGGAAAGCAGAGACAUCAUUCGUAAAGUGCUUUUGGGCCAGAAACUGCAGAAACACUGUGGUUCUGUUUGUCAAAAAAAAAAAAAAAAAAGAUGAGAUCAGGAUCCAGACCCUGUAUGUGAGAGAGGAUGUUGUAGGUCAGGGGAAUUAAAGCCUUACCAUUGUAGCACCUUCAUUGUUUUACAGCUGGAUUAGCAGUUGAAACAAGAAGCCCAAAUGUCAGCAUUUGUGUUGUUAAACCACACUGUAAGGAUGAGGUCUCUCUCCCUCGUGUACCACAGCUCACGUAACACCAAGCAGUUGUCUCAGGGCUGAGCAUGAGGACAGGAUGGGAGUCAGCUCCUUCGGAUGUCAGAUUAAGGAACGAGUGGAAUGGAGGCAUGUGCUUUCCAGUCCUUCUGAAGUUUACAUUAAAAACUCUUCUAGUUUCAUUGUUUGGUAGAGUUCUAAUUUCUAUUUUUUUUUUUAAUACUUGCAGGAUUUUCGUUGUGGGGGUGUUUGAACUUGUAUGUAAUUUUGCACACAGAUAGGAGCUUCUCCUAACGUGUUUCUACUGAGUUGAGUAGUCCAGUUCUCCUUUCUGUGGAAGUUAAGAAUCUUACCCUGAUGAGGAGACAAGAUGUAUCUGGAUUCUGGAAACUUGGAAGGAUUUCCAGAUCUUCUAGUUCAAAUAUGAGAUUCAAAACGACAUGUUAGAAAUAUUUGCUGUCUAUUGAGCUGCUGUUAGGAGAAAGCUGAAUAUUACUCAGAAUGGACAUGAAGUCUAGUUACAUCUUAACUAGAUUUUCUUCCUUUUUAUAAUAAUAAUAAUAAUAAGUACUCCAAGUGAAUUUGUUGUUUAAGAGCUGGAUUAGUUGCCCUGGUGUGAGUCACCAGUAGGAGAAAGGCAGUACAGGCUGGGGCUGGAAGCAUCUGGAGGUGGAAGACCUGUAAAAGGGGUAAUCAAAUUAAUUUCUGUGCUUGUCCAGCCUUGGUUUUCAAAAAGUCCUACCAGAAAGAAGGAAGCUGGUGAUCUUGGUGUCUUCAGUUUACAUACCUGGUUUACAGAAAAUGGGGAUAAACCAUUGUCGUUUUUUACAGAAGUUGCUCUCAUAGCCCCACGUGGCCUAGUAACCUCAAGAUGCAAGUGUCCACGUCCCUUUUUCAGCCCUUUCAGCCAUUCAGUCACAUGCAUUUUGUCUUCACUGUCAGGGAAACUGCAGUAGGUUGAACUGUGAGUUAGCCAAGGGAUACACUACUUACAUAAGUAAUGAGACCAUUUGGGAUCACUGCUCAAAAUACAUUUUGUGUAACCACAACAUCAUGAAACCUCCUGACAAUCUGUGAGGUAGUAAGGGUAACGUGAAACUAACAGCAGCUUAGAACGUUCAACAGGAGAAUAGUAACUCUUGAAGGAGUAAUGUUUACUUUAAAGAUAAAUGCAACUGUUAAGAAAUAAUUCCAGAUGUGUGGUUAUGGCAGAAUCUUAGUGAUUAGUCUUCUAUUAGCCCAUAUAGUGGAUUACAUUAUUUCAUUUGAAAGUAGCCAAUGAAUUUUUUUAAAAUGAAUUCAUUCUUCAGAUGGUCUGAAUAAAACUAUUUAUUUUCUAUUAUCUGAGAAACAAGCAGAGCAGAAUCUGGUUUACUUAUGAAAGUAAAUACAAAAGGUCUGACCCUUGGCUAUUGCCUUUGAAAACUAUCUGAGAAAAAGCUUUUCGUGGUAACUGGUUCUUUCUUGAAGUCAUUUAUUCUUUUUUGAAGAUAACGCCGACCCCUCCACUCCCAAAUUAUGCAAUCUAUUUUAAGGGAUGCUUUGAAAUCAAAUGGUUUCAUCUCUUUACUCUCAUAAGAUCUUCUGGUUUUGUGUCAGCUCAGCAGAAGGCAAUAGUGUGUUACAGUUCAACAAUGAAGACAGAAGACUUCAGUUACAAAAUCUUUUUGCAUCAUGACAGGUCUGUGCUGAGUGCUUUGGGGACUGGAGCAAUUGCAUGCUCCUUAUUAGUUCACUUAUCCUUGUAAUUGCUUGCUAAAGUUUCCAAGGCCUUGAUGCAUACAGUGUGGUCACAUAGGUUUAGGAGUACAUGGACUAGGUGAGAAAUCUCAGUGGAUAUUUUCUGCUUUUAUGCCCUAUGUGGAGGCUGCUUAAAGCGUCUGCCUGAAUUGUAAUGAAGUUGGGACCAGCCAUUUCUGGAAUGUCUUGUUACCAGUAUGCUUGUUGUCUUCGGAUUCUGAGAGUGGGUUGGUUUGGAGUCUUCCCUAUUAAGACUGCUCAGGAUGUUGAGAGCUGAAAGUCAUGUUACAUUUGUUCUCCAUAAAAAACACUGUUCCUUUAAUAGGUUGGUAUUCCAACUUAAAGCCAGGCUGGGAUGUUUAAAUUACAGAAGUUGUUUUCCUGCUGGAGUGCAGGCUUUCUUCUGUCCAUGUGCUUCCUGCCUGCACUAUGUAUUCCAUACGGAUUUCCUAUGAGGGUGCUAGUAGGCACUUUGCACAUGAGUGGAGAGUGCUGCAGUAAGCUAAUGGUAAACAAUGCAGCCCUUCUUGCUUUGUGCUGACUGGUCUCUGUUGAGAUCAUCAGGCAGUGGAAGUGCAACCAAAUAAAUUACAGCGGUUCAGUGCAAGUAACAUGUCAGGCUUAAAAAAUGUGUGGAUGCAUAUGAGUAAUACAUAUAUAUGUUACAUGGGCAUAACUUUUUCACCAUAUGUCUUUCAAGUGCAGAGCUAGUUUUGUGGUGUCAGAUCGCAGUUGAGGUUAUUAAUAGUGAAUGUGGCUUCAUCAGGAACUCCAGAAAAAAAGUUUUUCCCUGUAGGGGAGCUGCAGACAGUGGUGGUGUUUCCAUCUGUCAAAUAGGGCCAUCCAUAACUUAAAAACAAAACUUGGUAUUUCAGCUGAGCCCAACUGCAGGAGUUGCAGUUCAGCAGUGAGCAGUGCGCAGGUUUCUGCCACAGCUUGUGUUUGGCUCCUAACGCUGCUCCCUGCAGUACUGGGCCUUGGGCUGGACCACAGCUGCUGCAGGACUCCUAAGAGGAAUGGUUUUCAGCAGGAACUGAGGGCUGUGGUGGCACGUUAUGUACUUGGCUUUACUUUGGAAGAAUGCCUGGUGGUUUAUUUCAUUUAGAAUUCAGUUGUGGUAUCAUCCUCUCAUCACUGAAGGGAAGGGCUUUGCUGCAAGGUACUUAUUUUUAUCAGUGCACUGCAUGUCUUCUACACCUUCUUGCUGUGGCUGUUUGUUCAGUUGGCAUCCGAGAGAAGAGAGCUUGGGUCAGCUAGUGGAAACAGAUAUUACUUUUAAUGUAACAGCUUUACAGGACCAGCACAAAAAUGCAAGUUUUCUAUCCCUAUAGGUGUGGGCAACAGGCCCGUUUCAUGCUCAGUUUACCUUUAUUAAGUUGGAAGGGACCCCUAAAGGCCAUCCGUUCCAACUCCUCUGCACUGGACAUGGACAUCCACAGCUCCAUCAGUGCUCAGAGCCCCCUCCAGCCUGACCUUGUCUGUCUGCAGGGAUGGGGCAUCUUCACCUCUCUUUGCAACCUGUGCCACUGCCUUUACUUGUGCCAGGGCCUUAUUAUCAAAAAUGUCUUCCUUAUAUCCAAUGUAAAUCUCCCCUCUUGUAGUUAUAAACCAUUUCCCCAUGUCCUAUCGUGCAAAUCCCUCUAAAGAGUCCGUCCCCUUCCUUCUUACAGCCCCCUCAGAUACUGAAGGCUGCUCUCAGGUUUCCCUGAGCCUUCCCUUCUCCAGGCUGCCCAGCCCAGCUCUCAGCCUGUCAAUGGCUUGCAGCAUCUCUAUUGAACUAGCACGCGGCUGCACCCAGUCUUUAGGGCCACUGCUUUUAUUAUUAUGGUUUGAGCCGCUGCUUUUUCAGGGCACAUCGCCUCCUCUGUCGAGUGAUUAUGGAUGCAGACAGUUGGAAAGGUUGGGUCUGGUGCUGUGUAACAGCCUGACUCUGCUCGUUGUUUAUAGCAGGGUUACUGCAUGGGUUUAAUUGGAAUUAACCCUGAUUUCUGCCUGCGUGCAGGAAUCAGUGGGAGGCUUUUGUCCAAACUGGAGGCCGGAUCAGGAUCAGCGCGCGAGUGCUGUGCAGAAACACGUCUGGUACUGGUGGGCCUAAUCCUGUCCCCUUUCUUCGCUCCAUCCCUUUGUUUACGAGCGGCGGCCCAAUCCCGUCAGAGCCGUUCAGCCCACCAAGAGCCCUCGGUCACAGCUCCUGCUGGAAUGUGCAGGGCCGGCAGGGGGCAGCACGUCGCCGCCUCCUCGGGCCGCCGCCCAUGGCUCCACGCCCGCCUUGCGGGGCCUCCGCAGCGAGCUCGGGCCGCCGCCACCUGCUGCCGCCGGGCACGCAGGGGUGAGCGGGACGGGGAGAGCCGCAGCGGUCCGCCAUGGUGAUGGCGCUGCGCGGGAAGCGCGAGGCCUGGCUCUGCGCUGAGGUGAAAGAGGAUUUUAAGAAGAAUCUGAUGCUGAGAAUAGAUUAAGAAGACUCAGGAUGACGACAACAGUGGCGACAGAUUAUGACAACAUUGAAAUCCAGCAGCAGUACAGUGAUGUCAACAACCGCUGGGAUGUCGAUGACUGGGACAAUGAAAAUAGUUCUGCUCGACUGUUUGAACGAUCUCGCAUCAAGGCCCUAGCUGAUGAACGUGAGGCAGUUCAGAAGAAGACUUUCACCAAGUGGGUUAAUUCCCACUUGGCACGUGUGUCAUGCAGAAUUACAGAUUUGUACACCGACCUUCGCGAUGGAAGGAUGCUCAUCAAACUCCUGGAAGUUCUUUCAGGAGAGAGACUUCCCAAACCAACUAAGGGAAGGAUGCGCAUCCAUUGUUUGGAGAAUGUUGAUAAAGCCCUGCAGUUCCUGAAGGAGCAACGAGUGCACCUGGAAAACAUGGGAUCUCAUGAUAUUGUGGAUGGGAAUCACAGGCUGACUCUUGGCCUUAUUUGGACUAUUAUCCUGAGAUUCCAGAUCCAAGAUAUCAGUGUUGAAACUGAGGACAACAAGGAGAAGAAGUCUGCUAAGGAUGCACUGCUUUUGUGGUGCCAGAUGAAGACAGCUGGUUACCCCAACGUCAACAUUCACAACUUUACAACAAGCUGGAGGGAUGGAAUGGCUUUCAAUGCAUUGAUACACAAGCACAGGCCUGAUCUGAUUGAUUUUGACAAGCUGAAGAAAUCAAAUGCACACUACAAUCUGCAGAAUGCUUUUAACCUUGCUGAGCAACACCUUGGUCUUACUAAGCUCCUGGACCCUGAGGAUAUCAGUGUUGAUCAUCCCGAUGAAAAGUCAAUCAUCACCUAUGUGGUGACAUAUUACCACUACUUCUCUAAAAUGAAAGCUUUAGCUGUUGAAGGAAAGCGCAUUGGAAAGGUGCUUGACAAUGCCAUUGAAACAGAGAAAAUGAUUGAAAAAUAUGAAUCGCUGGCUUCUGAUCUUCUGGAGUGGAUUGAGCAAACCAUUAUCAUCCUCAACAACCGCAAAUUUGCCAACUCGCUAGUUGGUGUGCAACAGCAGCUGCAGGCAUUCAACACCUACCGCACAGUAGAGAAACCACCCAAAUUUACAGAAAAAGGAAACCUGGAAGUGCUGCUUUUUACCAUCCAAAGCAAAAUGAGAGCCAACAAUCAGAAAGUAUACAUGCCAAGGGAGGGCAAACUCAUCUCUGACAUAAACAAGGCCUGGGAAAGACUGGAAAAAGCUGAACAUGAAAGAGAACUGGCACUGCGAAAUGAGCUCAUCAGACAAGAGAAACUGGAACAACUUGCACGCCGAUUUGAUCGCAAGGCAGCUAUGAGAGAAACUUGGCUGAGUGAAAAUCAACGUCUGGUUUCUCAGGAUAACUUUGGCUUUGACCUUCCAGCAGUAGAGGCUGCAACGAAAAAGCACGAGGCCAUUGAAACAGACAUUGCAGCAUAUGAAGAGCGAGUCCAGGCUGUGGUUGCAGUUGCAAAGGAGCUUGAGACUGAAAAUUAUCAUGAUAUCAAACGUAUCACUGCAAGAAAGGACAAUGUUAUACGCCUGUGGGAGUACCUCCUGGAGCUACUCAGGGCACGAAGACAACGGCUGGAAAUGAAUCUUGGCCUACAAAAGAUUUUCCAGGAAAUGCUAUACAUUAUGGACUGGAUGGAUGAGAUGAAGGUGCUUCUGCUGUCACAAGACUAUGGCAAACAUUUGUUAGGAGUCGAAGACCUGUUGCAGAAACAUGCUCUAGUGGAAGCUGACAUUGCUAUUCAGGCUGAGAGAGUGAGAGGGGUCAAUGCAUCUGCUCAGAAGUUUGCCACUGAUGGAGAAGGUUACAAGCCAUGUGACCCACAGGUUAUUAGGGAUCGCGUCGCUCACAUGGAGUUCUGUUACCAAGAGCUGUGCCAGCUUUCAGCUGAGCGCCGGGCCCGCUUGGAGGAGUCCCGGCGCCUCUGGAAAUUCUUCUGGGAAAUGGCUGAAGAAGAGGGUUGGAUCAGGGAGAAGGAGCAGAUCCUUUCAUCUGAUGACUACGGGAAGGACCUGACCAGCGUCGUCCGUCUCAUGAGUAAACAUAAGGCAUUUGAAGAUGAAAUGAGUGGUCGCAGUGGCCACUUUCAGCAGGCGAUAAAAGAAGGUGAAGACAUGAUCGCGGAAGAGAAUUUUGGGUCUGAGAAAAUCAGAGAAAGAAUUAAGGAUAUUCGGGAGCAGUGGGCUAACUUGGAACAGUUAUCUGCCAUUAGGAAGAAACGUCUGGAGGAAGCCUCUCUCCUUCACCAGUUCCAGGCUGAUGCUGAUGACAUUGAUGCAUGGAUGUUGGACAUCCUCAAAAUUGUCUCCAGCAAUGAUGUUGGCCAUGACGAAUAUUCCACUCAGUCCUUGGUCAAGAAACACAAGGAUGUUGCUGAAGAGAUUGCAAGCUAUCGGCCAACCAUUGACUCGCUUCAUGAACAGGCAAAGGCUCUACCACAGGAGCAUGCCGGGUCUCCAGAUGUGCAAGGCAGGUUGUCUGGAAUAGAAGAAAGAUACAAAGAGGUUGCUGAGCUAACUCGGCUGCGUAAACAGGCUUUGCAGGAUACCCUUGCUCUUUAUAAGAUGUUCAGUGAGGCAGAUGCUUGUGAGCUUUGGAUUGAUGAGAAGGAGAAGUGGCUGAAUAAUAUGCAGAUUCCAGAGAAGCUGGAGGACCUGGAAGUGAUCCAGCACAGAUUUGAAAGCUUAGAACCAGAAAUGAACAAUCAGGCUUCCCGUGUUGCUGUAGUGAACCAAAUUGCAAGACAGCUAAUGCAUAGUGGCCAUCCAAGUGAGAAGGAGAUAAAAGCACAGCAAGAUAAACUCAACACAAGAUGGAGCCAGUUCAGAGAACUGGUAGACAGGAAGAAAGAUGCCCUGAUCUCUGCCUUAAGUAUCCAGAAUUACCACCUUGAAUGUAAUGAAACCAAGUCCUGGAUCAGGGAGAAAACCAAAGUGAUUGAAUCCACACAAGAUUUGGGUAACGAUCUUGCUGGAGUGAUGGCUCUGCAGCGGAAGCUGACAGGCAUGGAACGUGACCUGGUAGCCAUUGAAGCUAAGCUCAGUGACCUGCAAAAGGAGGCAGAAAAGUUGGAAUCAGAGCAUCCUGACCAGGCGCAAGCUAUCCUUUCACGGCUUGCGGAAAUCAAUGAUGUAUGGGAAGAAAUGAAGACCACCCUGAAAAACCGGGAGGAGUCUCUUGGAGAGGCAAGCAAACUGCAGCAGUUCCUGAGAGAUCUGGAUGACUUCCAGUCUUGGCUAUCCAGAACACAGACUGCAAUCGCCUCUGAAGACAUGCCGAACACACUGACAGAGGCUGAGAAACUACUCACUCAACAUGAGAAUAUUAAGAACGAAAUCAACAAUUACGAGGAAGACUAUCAGAAAAUGAGGGACAUGGGUGAGAUGGUGACACAAGGGCAGACUGAUGCUCAGUACAUGUUCUUACGCCAGCGCCUACAGGCUUUGGAUACUGGAUGGAAUGAGCUUCACAAAAUGUGGGAGAACCGGCAAAAUCUUCUUUCCCAGUCUCAUGCCUACCAGCUCUUUCUCAGAGAUACCAAGCAAGCAGAAGCAUUUCUUAACAACCAGGAGUAUGUUUUGGCACACACAGAAAUGCCCACUACCUUGGAAGGAGCAGAAGCUGCUAUUAAAAAACAGGAGGAUUUCAUGACCACCAUGGAUGCGAAUGAAGAAAAGAUCAAUGCAGUUGUAGAGACGGGCAGGAGGCUAGUUAGUGAUGGGAACAUUAACUCUGACAAAAUCCAGGAGAAAGUGGACUCUAUUGAUGACAGACAUAGGAAGAACCGUGAAGCAGCCAGCGAGCUUCUGAUGAGACUGAAGGAUAACAGGGAUCUUCAGAAGUUUCUUCAGGAUUGUCAAGAGCUCUCACUCUGGAUCAAUGAGAAGAUGCUUACAGCCCAGGAUAUGUCUUACGACGAGGCAAGAAACCUGCACAGCAAAUGGCUGAAGCAUCAGGCAUUUAUGGCAGAACUUGCAUCCAACAAAGAAUGGCUGGAGAAGAUUGAAAAGGAGGGAAUGCAGCUCAUUGCAGAGAAACCAGAGACUGAAGCUGUAGUGAAAGAAAAGCUAACAGGUCUUCAUCAAAUGUGGGAAGAGCUCGAAUCCACUACUCAGACCAAGGCUCAGCGUCUCUUUGAUGCAAACAAGGCGGAGCUUUUUACCCAGAGCUGUGCUGAUUUGGAUAAGUGGCUGAAUGGUUUGGAGAGCCAAAUUCAGUCAGAUGACUACGGAAAAGACCUCACCAGUGUCAACAUCCUAUUGAAGAAGCAGCAGAUGCUAGAGAAUCAAAUGGAUGUCCGUAAGAAGGAGAUAGAAGAGCUACAAAGCCAGGCACGGGCUCUAAGUCAAGAAGGGAAGAGUACAGAUGAGGUAGAUGGUAAACGCCUUACCGUUGAAAAGAAAUUUUUGGAGUUGUUGGAACCUUUGAAUGAAAGAAAAGCAAACCUGCUGGCCUCCAAAGAAAUCCACCAGUUCAACCGGGACGUGGAAGAUGAAAUUUUGUGGGUUGGAGAGAGGAUGCCUAUAGCAACAUCUACUGAUCACGGACACAACCUCCAGACUGUGCAGCUACUGAUAAAGAAAAAUCAGACACUUCAGAAAGAAAUCCAAGGACAUCAGCCUCGUAUUGAUGAUAUUUUUGAGAGGAGUCAAAACAUUAUCACAGACAGUAGCCCUAAUGCUGAAGCAAUUCAGCAGAGACUUGCAGACCUGAAGCAGCUGUGGAACCUCCUAAUUGAGGAGACAGAGAAACGCCACAAACGCCUGGAGGAGUCUCACCGGGCACAGCAGUACUACUUUGAUGCUGCCGAGGCUGAGGCCUGGAUGAGUGAGCAGGAGCUUUACAUGAUGUCAGAAGAGAAAGCCAAGGAUGAACAGAGUGCGGUAUCCAUGUUGAAGAAACAUCAGAUUCUGGAACAGGCUGUGGAAGACUAUGCUGAGACUGUGCACCAGCUUUCAAAGACCAGCAGAACUUUGGUGGCAGAUAAUCAUCCUGAAAGUGAGCGUAUCAGCAUGCGCCAGUCCAAAGUGGAUAAGCUGUAUGCAGGCCUGAAGGAUCUGGCAGAAGAGAGAAGGGGCAAGCUGGAUGAGAGACACAGGCUGUUCCAGCUGAACAGAGAGGUGGAUGACCUGGAGCAGUGGAUUGCUGAAAGGGAGGUGGUGGCAGGAUCCCAUGAGCUGGGACAGGAUUAUGAACACGUAACGAUGCUACAGGAGCGAUUCCGAGAAUUUGCCCGAGACACUGGAAACAUUGGACAGGAGCGUGUUGAUACCGUUAACCAUCUGGCUGACGAGCUCAUCAACUCUGGGCACUCAGAUGCUGCCACAAUUGCAGAAUGGAAGGAUGGUCUCAAUGAGGCCUGGGCUGAUCUCCUGGAGCUCAUUGACACAAGAACACAAAUUCUUGCAGCCUCUUACGAACUGCACAAAUUUUACCACGAUGCCAAGGAAAUCUUAGGACGCAUUCAAGACAAACACAAGAAACUGCCAGAAGAGCUUGGUAGAGACCAAAACACAGUGGAAACACUACAGAGAAUGCACACAACAUUUGAACAUGAUAUCCAAGCGCUCGGCACACAGGUAAGACAGCUCCAGGAGGAUGCUGCACGCCUUCAGGCUGCCUAUGCUGGAGACAAAGCUGAUGACAUCCAGAAGAGGGAAAAUGAGGUCCUAGAAGCAUGGAAGGCGCUGUUGGAUGCCUGUGAGGGCCGCAGGGUUAGGCUGGUGGACACAGGAGACAAAUUCCGUUUCUUCAGCAUGGUUCGGGAUCUCAUGCUUUGGAUGGAAGAUGUUAUCCGGCAGAUCGAAGCCCAGGAAAAGCCAAGGGAUGUUUCAUCUGUUGAACUACUAAUGAACAAUCACCAGGGUAUCAAAGCGGAAAUUGAUGCCCGAAAUGACAGCUUUACUACCUGUAUUGAACUCGGCAAAUCUCUUCUGGCAAGAAAACACUAUGCAUCAGAGGAGAUCAAGGAAAAGCUACUGCAGCUGACAGAGAAAAGAAAAGAAAUGAUUGACAAGUGGGAAGACAGAUGGGAGUGGCUGAGACUGAUUUUGGAGGUGCAUCAGUUUUCAAGAGACGCAAGUGUGGCUGAGGCCUGGCUGCUGGGACAGGAGCCCUACCUAUCCAGUCGUGAAAUAGGUCAGAGUGUUGACGAAGUGGAAAAAUUAAUUAAGCGGCAUGAAGCAUUUGAGAAAUCUGCAGCUACUUGGGAUGAGAGAUUUGCAGCGCUGGAAAGACUGACUACGUUGGAACUGCUGGAAGUUCGUCGACAACAAGAGGAAGAAGAGAGGAAGAGAAAGCCACCUACUCCAGAGCCAAGCCCCAAAGUUGCAGAAGAUGGAGGCUCCCAGCAGCAAUGGGAUGGGACAAAAGGAGAACAGGUUUCCCAAAAUGGUUUGCCAUCAGACCAGGAAUCUCCACGGGUGGCAGAAACUGCGGAAACAAAUGAAAUGGUUAAUGGAGCUGCAGAACAGAGGACAAGUUCGAAAGAGUCUAGUCCCGUUCCUUCUCCAACAGCAGACCGCAAAGCCAAGGCUGCCAUUCAGGCUCAGACUGCUGCUACCCUACCAGCCAAAACACAGGAGAUUCCUUCAGCUCAGAUGGAGGGCUUCUUGCAUCGUAAACAUGAAUGGGAGACACACAACAAGAAAGCCUCAAGCAGGUCAUGGCAUAACGUGUACUGUGUCAUAAACAACCAAGAGAUGGGCUUCUACAAGGAUUCAAAAGCUGCUGCUUCUGGCAUUCCCUAUCACAAUGAGAUUCCAGUCAGCUUGAAAGAAGCAGUCUGUGAAAUAGCAGUCGAUUAUAAAAAGAAAAAGCAUGUGUUCAAGCUAAGAUUGACUGAUGGCAAUGAAUACCUCUUCCAAGCCAAAGACGAUGAGGAGAUGAACACGUGGAUUCAGGCCAUCACAUCAGCUAUCUCAUCUGACAAAAUCGAAGUGUCCCCGACAACUCAGAGCACUCCAGCCUCCAGCCGUGCCCAGACCCUGCCUGCCAGCGUCACAAUAACCAGCGAGUCCAGUCCUGGCAAGAGAGAGAAAGACAAAGAGAAAGACAAAGAGAAAAGAUUCAGCCUUUUUGGUAAAAAGAAGUGAACUCCAUCUCUACACACCGCACUUCUCUGACCGUUCCAGUGGAAUUCCAGCAUGCGAGCUCAGAACCAAUACGUUACUCUCUGUGCCUCAUGUUCCUCAAUGUGAUUGACAUUUUUUUAUUUAUAGAGCAUUUUAAAAUAAAAAAAGCCAACAAAAAAAAAGAAUCUAAACUUACAAGUGUAUGAGGUGCAUUUGGCAGCUUCUGUAGGAGAGGGAGGACCAGCUUUGGGGGGGGGGGAGGGUUGUUUCUUUUUUUUUAAUGAAGUUUAGUGUAGAUUAGAUCCUACUAUUUAAACUGUUCCUCAAUUUUGUGAGGCUGUCUUGGAAAAUAACCCACUCCUAGUGCUAUUGGUAUGCAAGGCAGCGGUGCUUUCAAAUGUGCACAUCAAAAACCAAUGUACAAAUUUUCAAAAAAUGUUCACUUCCAUUUAAGGUGGUUAUGCUGAGUCUUGACUAGUAGAGCUUCCCAUUUCAAUUCUAACAUUUAUUGAAAUGAUAGUGUAUUAUCUUUCCUGUAACAGAGUGCAGGUAUGCAUUAACUUACAGACAAACCAUUUAUAUCCUGGCAUUGGUUAUUAACACAACCUGAAGCUUUUCUGCAUCAAGUAUGACAGACAAGAAUGUUAUCUGAGAUGGAUAAGCAGGCUGAUACAGUUUUAAAUAAUCUGUAAUUUCAAAAAAAAGUUUUUCUGCUGAAAUACAUUAUAUUGUAUGUUUCAGAUAAUUCUAGUACAAAGUAUAAUAAGACUAGAUGUAUAAUAAACCCUUAAAAAUCAUUGAUAAGUGUAAAAGUGGAACUGAAGCAUUUACUGGAAAAGUAAUGUUACUCAAAUGGUUACUUGCUUGUCAGCUACAGCACUGUGUGUUAUAAUUUUGCUACAUUACCUUGCUCUUUGAUACAUAGUGUGCAUUUCUCUGUCACUGUAACUAUUGUAAUGAUAAAUUUUCAUCUUACUGCACAAUCAAAAAUUACAUUUAAUAGGAAUGAACUUUCAAUGAUUGGGCCUGUAGUCAAGAGUAGUACUGGAACUGGUUUUCAGUUGUAUCGAACUGUACCUCUAGACUUUUACCCUGUCUGUUAAAUAUAUGCUAUGUCAUUAAAUGCUUUUAAAACUAAA